AUGAUCGUACUGGAACAUAUAAGCACGCUUCUAUGCUCCGCCGACGCGGAAGCUCGUCGCAGAGCGAACGAGUAUCUGGUCAAAUGGCAGCAGAGCGUCGAGGCGUGGCAGGAAGCCCACGCUUUGAUCGCCGGAAACUACCCGGUGGAGGCAAAACUCAUCGGGGCGCAGACGCUGCGCACUAAACUGAUGUAUGACUUCUAUCAGCUUCCUGCAGAGUCAGUGGAGCAGUUGUGCGAAAUACUGAUGUCUUACCUUGCCGACCCCAACCUUCCGCGAAACAUAUCAACAACGCUUUGCCUCGCAGUGUGCGACCUCGCUACGCAGGCCGCAGAAGUGUGGGCAUCGCCACUCGAGUACUUCAUCGCAUGUUACAGCAGGGGUGCGCUGCCCGUCAGGACGCUCCUGCUGCUCAUACAGUUCCUGGCGGAAGAGGCCGCAAACACGAGGGUCGUAGUCCCCCCAGAUGUCAGAAACAGAGUUAAGCAGAAUCUGAAACGCGACUAUUCAAAUUUGCUCGAAUUCCUGGUCAAUCUCAGGGCCUCGGGCAACGACGUCGAAAUAACCAGCGCCAUUUUCAGGUGUUGGCACAGCUGGAGGAGGCUCGACAACUUCGCAGCGAACGGGCAAGCAUGCAACAUGUUCAUCAACGACUGCCUGCUGGUGGUGAGCAGGCCAAACGCGCGCGGCGAGCAUGGGAUCGAUGACGAGACUUACGAAGCAGCCAUGGAUUGCAUGAUUGACUGUCUCUACGAGGUGGCGGACCUCACCCAGCAGAUCAAGGAGAAAGCGGAGGCCUCAAGCACAGAUGUCGAAUACUUCAAGCAGGCAAAAAACGACCUGCAGCAUGUGGUGCGCGCGGCGUUCGACCUCUGUGUCACGGACGAGUUCAACGGCUUCCUUGUGGAGGCAUUCAGAACGAACGACCGGAUGAUGUUAGGAUGUUUCUCAAACCUGGUGAUUGCGCUCAUCUACGCGCUCGAUUUGAAGCUCAUUGAUGAGCACCCGCAGGUCAGCAGGUUGCUGAACCUGGUGACCCGAUUCAUCGAAUUGCCGUACUGCAUCGUAUUCCCCCGGUUAAGCACUGACGACGAACCCAACACGAUCAACUGCUUCUCCAAGCACUACAACCGUCUGGCGGUACGUAUCCAAGCCCUCCAGCUGCUAGCCAACUGUGACCCGGCGGAGUUUUGUUCCAUUGACGAAGAAGUUGUCGCUUACACAAAGAGGAGCGUGUCCGUGUUGCUGAGCGUCCUGCAAGGGGAAUCGCCGAACUGCCAAACUGCGAGGGACGUGGGAAAACAGCUGCUGGAAAUCGUUAUAUUUGUUGCGACUAGGCCUGGGUGCGUGGGGAAGGCUGACAACGUGGAGUAUGAGAACUACGUAGCGGAGGUCUACGAUGUCAUUCCCUACCUAACCAGGUUGCUGCAAACCGACGAGGUUUUCGAAACGGUAAAGGAGCACACGGUGGACAACGGGAACUUCGCUGCAUCGCAUUACGGCCUGGAAUCGUGCUUCAGGGCGCUGGGGGCGACCAUCUCGGCGCUCGACAUGAAAAGUGCCUCUCAGAAGAACGUGGCGGCAAUAGCUUCGGUCAUCGAGGGAGUAGACAAGCUGCUGCAUGACCGCAUGCCAACGGAACUCAGGGAGUGGUACUGCUGGGAGGCCGCCAUACGUUUCCUGAAGAAUGCGAGGCGCGUGAUCAUGCUCGACAAAACGGAGGUCCUUGCGCAAAAAGUGACGGGGCUGCUCUGCGGAGCCUACCUUGUGGCACUUGGCAGCAACACGCCGCUGGCGGCGCAGAUCGAGGAAUCGGUGGUUUCAAGCCUCUCGGAGGUGUGUUCACACUUGCGGUUGGGGAGGCUGCGCAACUGGGAGCCGAUUUUGCAAAAUCUCGGAUUGUGCAUCCAACGUGCGGAACAAGAGCAGACAUUCGCUCUCAUGCUCAUAGAGGGGACGGGGAACGCCAUCAGCGACCUGCCGCCGGAAACCGUCGCUGUUAUCAUUCAGCAGCUAAGCCAUGCGUGGUUCCAGCAACUGGAGGCCGUCGCGCGGAACGAAGUUACAUUGGACGCGGUAGAAGUAAGUAAGCUUACCACCAAAAUUUCUACGCUCUUGAGGAGCAUUAGAAUGAAGAACAUACUACACGCCCUCAUCAAAGAAAAGAUAGUGCCGCUCAUGUGUCUGCUGCUCGAAAAAUACCACCAGCAGCCCAACACUGUGGAGUGCAUAUGCAGGUGUCUCAAACACGCAGCCAAGAGCAUAGGACGCGAAUUUGCGCCGUUUGUGCAUCAAGUAGUGCAGACCGUUGGAAAAGUGGCCAAUGAGUGCAUCUGGAGCACGUACCUCUACGUCGUAGAGUGGUUGUACUCCGUCUUGCCGCCCAACCAGCCGGAACAGGAGGAGGUGAAGCAGCUAUACUCCGCGCUUACCAAGAUCACGUUAGGCGUACUUGCCAAGAAGGACGUUCCAGAUGAAAUGCGCGAGGACCCAGAGCAGCUGAUCGAGGACUUCUUCGGACUCCAAACCAGGUUCGUCAAAAACUCCCCGGAAUGCUUCGACAGCGAAGCGGUAUUCCGCGAGAUUGCGGCGACGAGCAUUGCAUGCUUCAACAUGCGCCAGCCUCACUGGAUAUUCGAGUUUUGGAUCACACUGGUGGAGACGGAGGUUCUGCUCAAAAAGUUCGACAAAGUAGCGAUGGAUUACCUGCCGAAGUGCGUCGAGCAAUCAUUCCAGUUGCUCGGCAGCGGCUGCCGAGCGUCGGUGGAGCACUGCGUCGAGGACUUUAUCGAGUCACUCGUGCGCCUUAUUGGGAACGACGUGGCAGGUUGGCUCCAGAUGGGUCUAGAGAAACUGCCUACGGCCGUGCUGCCGAACCCGCGCCAGAAGAACAUCAUGCUGCAGGCGCUCCUCUCCAAAACAUCCCAUAAGGCAGUCUACGAGUUGCACAAGCUGUGCUGCCAGGUGGUCAUGCGGAACCGUACCAACUUAACUUGA